AUUAUGAGGGUGGAAACGGUGAAGGCUAGUCAAUAUUGUUCUUCCUGGGUAAAUCCGGGAGCUGGGUUGGGGAAGAAAGAAAAGAACCGGUGGCGGUCUGAAUACAAGUAAUCGAUGGGGGAAACGGCGGAGCAGGGUCGGAGGCCAAAACAGUGGCGGAGAUCCGGCCGUCCAUGUCAUCCACGGAUAAAAUAAUAUUACGAGCGCAAGUGGCAGAGAUGGAAGCCAUCCACCGCACAUUCAGAGCAAUAUGGUUCACUGAUGCGCGGCGCUUUGUUAGGACACUUCAUUUUCAGGAGGUGGGUGCGGAGUUUUGGCUGCAUGAAAAAUGGUUAAUGCGAGUGGGAUUAUUAGAAGAGGAUGAUAACAACCUGCCAGGGAUCAACACCGCCUUACUGGGAGAGGUGGGAGCACAACAAGAUGUGUUUCCAACGGAGAUCAAAUUGGUGAAGGACGAGAGCGGCGUGAAAGAGAUUACUUUCUUCAUACCGCAGCUCAUGGCCAAAUUUCGCCUCUCAACCGCGGACUGGGUGAGUAUGAGGGAAGCGAAAAAACUGUUCGGUAGCUGCUGCUUCAAGUUACAGCGUUAUGUACAAAUUGCGUACGAAGGAGGGAUGCUAGUGGAGACGAAUCGCGAUGUUGCAACAAUGCAACUGACUUGUGCUUGGUCAACAACUGUUGCUGGUGAGGAUAUGAAUUUAAUAGUAGAAGUACAGGGCGCUGGAACAAUGACGGAAGAUCUGUACCCAGAGGCAGUGGAGGACAUAUGUACAAGGAAUUUGGCAGACAUAAUGUUCGUCAUUAACACAGGGAUGAAUGGAGAUGGAAUAUUGAAGGGGAUGGAUGCGAGACAGCCGUACGACGCAGAGUUUUGGAUGCCAGAGCAGGGCCAAGCCGGCAGGGUGACCGUCCUCUGGAACAGUCGUACUGUAAACCUAAUGUGCGGGAGUUGGAAAGUGGGAGGCGUGUCUAAAAGCUGGAUUUCCGUUAUCAGCAGGUAUGAUGAGGAUGAAACAUGGUAACAAGAAGUUAGAUGUGUUGAGUUAGGGGUCCCCUGUCCGAAAUAGAAGCGUGUGUAUUUUGGAGUGUGGUGAGUUAGUUAAGGUUAACAUUGUUUUUCCUUAUUAUAUUUGUCGCUUCUUCUAAAAACGGUUUCUGGCUAAGCAGUUUGUAUUGGAAUGUGUAAUGUUGCCAGCAAUCAUAUUAUAUCCAUAUUUAUUACGCAUAGUGGUCAAGACAAAUGUGAACAAAUAGUUAUGAGAUGA